CACACCGCACCGCACCACACCGCACCGCGCCGGGCCGGGCCGCUCACCGGGCAUGAGCGCGGGUGGCUGCGCCGCCGCCGCCGCCGCCGCCUCCGCGCCCUGGUGAGGAGAGGGGAGCGCAGCGGCGGAGCGGAGCGGAGCGGAGCGGGGCUGGGCGGGUCGCGCCAUGCGGCUGUGCGGGGCGCUGCUGAAGAGCCCCAUUCCCAAGCAGAUCGAGUACUACUCCCGCUUCUCCCCCUCGCCGCUCUCCAUCAAGCAGUUCCUCGACUUCGGUCGUGACAAUGCAUGUGAGAAGACUUCAUAUAUGUUUCUGCGGAAGGAACUUCCUGUGCGACUCGCUAACACCAUGAGAGAAGUCAAUUUAUUGCCUGAUAACUUACUUAACAGGCCUUCAGUUGGGCUAGUACAGAGUUGGUACAUGCAGAGUUUCCUUGAGCUUUUAGAAUAUGAAAAUAAAAGUCCUGAGGAUCCUCAUGUUCUGGAUGACUUUUUAGACGUUUUAAUUAAAGUCAGGAACAGACAUAAUGAUGUGGUUCCAACCAUGGCGCAAGGGGUGAUUGAAUACAAGGAAAAAUAUGGCUUUGAUCCAUUUGUUAGCAGUAACAUCCAGUAUUUUCUAGAUAGAUUCUACACCAACCGCAUCUCUUUCCGUAUGCUUAUUAACCAACACACACUUCUUUUUGGAGGAUCUAUUAAUCCUGCUCAUCCCAAACAUAUUGGAAGUAUUGAUCCUAAUUGCAAUGUGGCAGAGGUGGUUAAAGAUGCUUAUGAAACAGCGAAGAUGUUAUGUGAACAGUACUACCUUGUGGCACCUGAUCUGGAAGUUGAAGAAUUCAAUGCUAAAGCUCCAAACAAGCCUAUUCAAGUAGUCUAUGUACCUUCUCAUUUGUUUCAUAUGUUGUUUGAAUUAUUCAAGAAUUCAAUGAGAGCUACAGUGGAAUUGCAUGAAGGUAAGAAAGAAGGUUAUCCAUCGAUCAAAACCUUAGUCACUUUGGGGAAAGAAGAUCUAUCUAUUAAGAUAAGUGAUCAAGGUGGAGGUGUACCUUUAAGAAAAAUAGACAGAUUGUUUAACUACAUGUACUCAACAGCACCCAGGCCCAGUUUGGAGCCCUCGAGAGCUGUGCCUUUGGCUGGGUUUGGCUAUGGUUUGCCAAUUUCUCGCCUGUACGCGAGGUACUUUCAAGGUGACCUUAAACUCUAUUCAAUGGAGGGUGUUGGUUCAGAUGCUGUAAUUUAUUUGAAGGCCCUUUCAAGUGAAUCAUUUGAAAGACUUCCAGUUUUUAAUAAGUCAGCAUGGCGACACUACAAGACCACACCUGAAGCAGAUGACUGGAGCAAUCCUAGCAGUGAACCAAGGGAUGCUUCUAAAUAUAAAGCAAAUCGAUAAUUUCCCACGUUUUGUCUGUGCUGGAGAUGACCUCUGCAUUCAGUAUACAGUCUCUGCUUUGUUCCAGAAUCCUUCGAACCACAAUAGCUAAUUACUUCCAAACAAAGACCUAAUCAGGACCGUGAAAAACAGUAAGAACAAAGUGAUGAUUGGAACUUAAAGGGAGGCACUAAGCACGUUUGGUAUGUGAAUCCUGCCUACUUCACCAGAAUAGGCUUGGUUGCUUCAGUCAUGCAUUGACAGAAGGGAUUGCACUGUGAUUGCACUUAAGAAUACAAAGUUGUAACAAAAAGAUACUAUUUAAAUGGCCAAUUUUUUUCCACUGUAACGAUUGGCGACGUGUGAAGAAUCCCUUUAGAUGGUGAAUAGUAUCUUGCACAGCAAUAUGGCAUAAGAGAAAAAUUACAAUGUAGGUAAACAUACGCUUUGAAAAUCCACUCUUUGCUGCAUUUUAUAUUGCACCGUGUCACCUCUUACAAAAAAAUCCCUUUGGGCUCUUCAGGUUUUCUAUAUAAUGAGCUUAUAAAUGCAUAGUACUAAAAAGGGUUGUGCAGCUUUAAAAUGAUGCUUUCCCUGAAUUCCCAAAUCCAUUUGUCAAGUGCAUACAAAAGUUAUGUUGUUGUAAGACAGUAGUUUUUUCCACUUGUUGGUAUGCACCUUAAUGAUUUUCUUGACUCGCAAACACAGAAAUGCAUUUCUGUAUAUUUUUCCUAGUUUUAAAGAGAGAUCAUAAGUCGUUAGAUCAUUUCUCCAUACAAGAAACUCUGUCAAUACAGAGGCAGGGGUUAAUUCAAUUUCAUGUUUAUAGUUUUUGGGGGUUGGGGAGGGGAGAGAAAUGCUGAAAGGCCAGGCAGCAGCAAGUCAUACAAAUGAAUUUGCCUUAAGACUGUUAGUUGAUUAGAACCUGAUUAGUUUAAAACCUGUAAAUAGUUUGCAAAGUUAUUUAUAUAUUCAAUGUCUCACUGUAGUCUGGUAAUCUGAAUUUGUAAUGUAUAUAAAGAUGAUGUAUACCAGCUUUUGGAAAGUGUCUUUGGUCUAGACACAUGAAACUGGAAAUAGCACAGAACUGGGAGGGGAAAACACAGUUGAUACUUGAUUGAAGAAGAGAAAAAAACCAAAGUAUUUUCCCCUUAAAUUUAUUGUCCACGUUACUGCUGAGUGUUAAGAAAAUGUUCUUCACCAAGUCUCUGCCAAAUACUGCUUCUAAUAUUAUAACCUUUCAGAAAAAAAAAUGAGAUUUAGAAGUUCUGGUAAUAUCCUAGCCACAGGAAUAAAGUAGAUGAGUUGUAAGCAGCUCUGAUGCACCCUCAGUUUCUUUUAGGUGUUUUGAUAUUUUUUGAAAGAUACUGCAGAUUUUAGCAUGGAAAAAUGAAACUUGUUUACUAAAAUUGGGGGGUGAACUGUCCCUUUUGUCCUCACAGUAUUUAUUUUUAUAAAGAACUGAUCUGUUGGGUAAACAGGGAAAUUCUGAUAAAGCCCAAGAUAUUUUUUUAAAAAAAACUUUGUUUGACCUAAUAAUAGUACUUUGCACUUAUAGCACAUUUCAUCAAAGGAUUAUGAAGUGCUUUGAGCAAUAAGUUUCAUAUAGCCCCAUUUCUGAAGAGUUGGAGUCCUUAGCUUGCAAACCCUUACUCUUACCUGCUGCAGUCAAGGAUUUGUAACUGAAUAGUUCAUGAGUUUGCAGGGCUUGAGAUUUGGUGGGCCACUCUGUGCUGUGCAGUGAAGGCAUGUUGGAGCAGCAGGUUACUUCAAUGUGCUCCCGUCUGCUCUUCAGAGGUGGAGGUGCCAGCUCAGCUGCUGAAGGCUGGCUGACGUGAGAGUUGGAGAGUGGUGUGCUGCUGAGCCCCCUCUGCCUACAGGUAGGAAGAGGGAGGGAGCAUGUAGAUGGGGCCAGCUUCUUCACUUCCCAAACCAGACUUAACUUGAUCUUGGCAAGGGCAUUUUCACCCUUGGUGAGUGUGUAACACAUGUAGCCUCCAGAGCAAUAAUUUCCCAGGACUGCAGAGAAGGCAGAUUGCUAAUCAAGCAAUACAGCUGUGCCACUGGGGUGAAACCACAGUAACAGUUGGACUGAAACACCAGUUGAAAGUCACAUCUACUAAAAUUUAGUUGCUUAACUUCUGCCCUCACCCAUAACUUUUUACUGUGUUUUAAAUUAUUUGCAAGUUUUGUACGUUUUCUAGUAAUCACAGAGGAGGGCUUCCUUGGAAGUAGACAUUUGUGAUGAAACUACUGUUUUCCCACUUGUGUGUGGUCAGUUUUUCUUAGAACAUUACCUAAAACAUUCCAAGGAAUAAGGUAGUUUGUGUAAGAAGCUGAGUUUCAGCUUUUGUUAGAAAUUGUAUUAUGAAGUAGUAAAUCCUGACCUGGUGCUUAUUUUGACCCUCUUCUUAUACAUGAGAAGGAGACGGAACCAAGAAAAUAAAGGAUGCAAUCACGUUAAACUUGUUUUCCUUAAAUGAAUAUAAACUAUGGAAGCCAAUGAGUGAAAGCUGAAGAUACCAUGGAGGGUAUUGUGGUAUAUUGGUCAUUUCACUUCUCUAUUCACAAAAGCAACUGUCUGGCUUUCCAGGCUGAAGUACUCUAGUGCUUGAAAACUGAAGUCCCCUGAAAUCGCACUAUUUCCAAAAACCCUAAGCAUGCACAAACAGCUUGGUGCAGGAAGGCAGAGCACAAGGACUGCAUUUUAUUUCCAUUUCCCAAGGUCUGUUUGUGGGCAUAAAGGUGAAUAUGAGCGAGAAACAACUUUUCUCCUUUCCAACCUUGUCUAGGCAGCCUGUGCUUUAGUGGAGAUCCCAGGUAUGCCAUAAAUUGUUCUCCACUCCUUGUCCUCACACCAUGCUUCUAUAUAGGGUAUUAGUCUGAAAACUGUCUUAGGAAACAACAGCAGCAGACGUUUGAUGAGAAGAGAGUUUUUUCAGUGGGCAAAAUGAAAAAAAUGAGAGUGGGUGGGUUUUUAAUAUGGCUAGUUUUAACUACAGAUACUGAUCUUUUUUUCUGUUACUUAUGCAUUUGAUUGGAGUAUGUUAUAACUAUUUGUUUUAAUAUCUUGGGGCUGUUAAUUCCAAACCUUCUGAUGAUAUAAAAACAUGAUUCAUAUUUUGGGAUUUCAGACAUAUGGCCUGCUAGUGUCAUUGCAACCUGCUUGUCUUGAGUUACAGGACACAUAAAUAGCAAAAAAUGUUUUCAGUGAAAAUGCUUUGUAUCUGUUGUGUUUAGAAAAUUAGCAGAAGGAAACUGAGCAAGGGAUGUUUGCUUCUUGGUUCUUCCUGAGAAUUUACAAACAACUUUUAUGUGUUGUAGUGCAACAAAUAGUAUUUUUUUUUGUCCAGUGUGCAUUUUUCUGGUAUAUGUGUCUUUGAAUAUAAUCUAUUAAUACCCUGUGUAGUUUAAUAGAUACGGAAAUAUCUCAAGUUCAUAUGUGUAUUUGUGUUCCCUGCUUUUCUAGACUUGGUUUUGAGGCUAACAAAGGGUCUUUCAGAGUCAGCAUUUGAUAGCAAAUCUUCAGAAAAUACUGAAAUUAUUCUUUUACAUAUCAAAUACACAAUCUCUGCCUCUGUACUUGUCUGUGAUGACCUAGUAUAGUACUGAGAAAGUCUUUGUCCUGCUGCAGUUUGUGCUACCUCUUGGACAAUGUUUAAAGCAGGUCCCUUGACAGAUGCUUAAAGAAUAUGGAUAUUGUGGUGUUCUUGGAAAACUCGGGCUACUUUUUGGCUAUGUAAACUACACUUGCUGCUCCAACUGGAUAACAUACUUUGUCCUCAGUGGUAUGUAGAAAUAGGUUUGAAACAGCUGUUCACUUCCUCAAAAAAUUGAGCAAGAGUGGUCUUUCAGUGUAGUGCAGUCUCCUGUUCGCCUCCAUCCAAAUUUAGUAUUUAGGGUUAAAUCUUGACCUCAUUGACAUGGAAGACAUUUUCUGCGUCCCCUCAGCUUUAAUAAACACUUCUAGAUCCUUACAUAUUAGGUGCUGGAAAGUGCAAAGUGGUCUUGAUUGAUAAAAAUAAUUGUGUAGAAAUCAGCCUAAAUGUUUAUUGUUAGUAUUUAUCUCUUGAGGAUAACCAUGUCUGACUGUGCAGUGUUCAGUUCCUUGCAUGUUUCCUUGGGUGCCAUAUAGAUGCUGUGGUUUCUUAUCUUCAUCUCUUCUUCCUGACAUACUCAUCUGCCUAUGGAUUAAUAUAUAUAAACAUGUUUUUGCAGAACUUAAGAAAAUAUGAUGGCACAUGACAGAACGAUGUAUUACUGAGUUCAGAGGUGAGUUUAUUCACAAAUGAGGAACAUAGUUAUAAAUUGUGUAGCAAUUCAGGGCUGAAUCUUGCAAAUACUUGCACAAAUAAACUGUGUGCAAAUAGUCCUACUUAAAUUAAUGUGUUCUCAGGAUCAGGAUUUAAGCUGUUGACAUUAAUUUGAAACAAUGAAGAUUUGUGUAAGUGAAGUGGCUUUCUAAUAAAAAAUAAAUCAGAAAAUUUAAAGUUCA